AUGAGCUCCGCCUACUCCACGCUUCAGGUACAAAAGUACCUGUCGUAUCUCUCCCUCCCGUCCAAGUACCAUGCCUACGUAGAAACACCUCACCUCUUCCCCAAAGAUGAAGCAGCGCUCACCGUCCUAUUCCGAUGUCAAAUCACACGGUUUCCUUUUGAGAAUCUAUCUGUCCACUACUCCGCUACCCGGCAGGCAGAUAUCCACCCUGACACCCUCUAUUCCAAAAUGAUGGGAACUGGGGAAGCCGGUCCCACUGGCCGGGGAGGCUAUUGUCUGGAAGUCAACAUCUUCUUCCACCACAUCCUCCGCGGUCUGGGAUUCUGUGUGUACACGGUAGGGGCAAGAAACCGAGACCGGGUAAAUGGGAUCCCGCAGGGUGAUUAUGGGGGAUGGGUCCACAUGGCCAAUAUCGUCCGGCUCCCCUCUGGAGUCCGAUAUCAUCUCGAUGUUGGAUUUGGUGGCGACGGCCCAACCAGCCCAAUCCCGCUCGUGUCUGGAGAAGCAAUCAAAAACCUUGGGACUCAAGAAGCCCGCUUGCUGUACGACCACAUCUCCAAAGAGUCACAGAGAAAGCAAAAGCAUUGGAUUUACCAGUGCCGCAACGAUAUGGACAAGGAAUGGAGCUCGUUUUACUGUCAUCCCGACCUGGAGUUUUUCCAGGAGGACUUUGAGGUGAUCAAUCGAUUUGCAGCCUGGGAGUUUCUUAAGAGGGAGCUCGUUGUCGCGGUGAAAUUUAUUAGGCACGGUGAAGAAGGAGGAAUCCUCCAGAAUCAAGAGACCCCUGUUCCAAUUCUAGCUGGACCAGACGAAGUGCACAUCGCAGGGAAGAUCAUGUUAGUCAAUAACGAGGUGAAGCUGAAUAUGGGCGGAAGGACCAGAGUGAUUGAAUCGCUGGGCACUGAAGCUGAUAGAAUGAGGGCUCUCAGAAAAUGGUUCUCAAUUUGUCUAGAUUAG